UUUGAUUGAUCGUUGAACCCUAACUAAACCCCUGUCUAGGCAGAGGGCGACAGGCGCCGAGAGCAGAAUCUUCUUCCCCUCCGUCCCAAAAUGCGGCAGUUCUCCUCGCUCGCGGCGAGAGCGCUCCGCCGGAGCACCGCCCCGAAACCCCAGACGCCGAGCGCGGGCCCGAAGCCACACAAGCGGAGCUCCGCCCCGAAGCCCAAGCCCAAGCCCCACCCUUCCUCGUCGCCCCCCUCGCCGGUCCCCGACACUCCGGUGCCCGUGCCCGCGCCCGGCCCGCCGGCGCCCGCGCCGAUGCCGACGAGGCCGUGGGAGGAAGCCCUGGACGCGGCGCAGCGCGCGUUCUGCCUGCCCCUCGCCGGCCGCGUCCUCGCCGCCGCGGGCACCGGGAACGCGGCCGUCUCGCCCGCGGGCGUCCACGCCGCGCUCUCCCUCGCGGCCGCCGGCGCGCGGGGCGCCACGCGGAGGCAGAUGCUCGCCACGCUGGGAUGCGGCGGCGGCGGCAGAGGCGCCGCCGCCGACGCCGCCAACGUGGCGUCGCGCGUGGUGAAGCGCGUCCUCAAGGACCGGGCCAAGUCUGGUGGCCCGCGGCUCGCGUUCGCUUGUGGCGUCUGGGCCGACGCGUCGACGAAGCUCUCAACGGAGUUCGUGGAGGCGGCGGGUGGGUUGUACAGCUCGGUUGCCAAGACCGCCGACUUCAAAGACAAGGUCUAUGUCACUCCAUCUUGUAAGAGCUGCACGGUAGCGCCAGAAGAUGCUGCUGAGCAAAUUAACUCAUGGGUCAACAAGUCCACGAAACAAACCAUUACCUCACUCCUUCCAGAUGGAUUAAUUGACCAGAAUACAGGGCUUGUACUUGGAAGUGCACUGUAUUUUAGAGGUAGAUGGCUGGACAAGGCUGAUACAGGGAAGACUGCUGAAGAAAAAUUCUAUUGUCUGGAUGGAACAUCUGUCGUAGUUCCUUUUGUAGAGUAUGACAGAACUCGUCUUUUUGCUGUGCAUGAUGGAUUCAAAGUUAUUAAGCUUCCUUACAAGCAAGGAAAUAAUGAACGGAAGUUUUCCAUGUACAUUUUCCUCCCAGAUGCUCAUGACGGCCUGUUUGAGUUAACCAAGAAGAUUUUCUCUGAACCAGCGUUUUUAGAACAACAUUUACCGACAGAGAAGUGCCAUGUGGGGAUUGGGGUGCCCAAGUUCACAAUAUCUUUUCAGAUUGACAUGAAAGAUUUUCUGAAAGACAUGACUCUUGAAUUGCCAUUCCUACGUGAUGCAGAUUUCAAAGAUAUGGUCAGUGAAGAUGACUCAGGGGAACCUUUGUUUGUAUCUGAUGUACUUCACAAAGUGAUUCUGGAGGUAAAUGAUAAUGAGAUAGAAGAAGCUUCUAUGAAAAAGACCAUAGGCAAGCCUUUACCAAGAGAUCAAUUUACUGCUGACCACCCUUUCUUCUUUGUCAUUCGGGAGGAAGUAUCUUCUGCAGUUGUCUUUAUGGGCCAUGUGCUUGAUCCUUCUUCACAGUCGUAACAUCAGGAUUAUCUGAUCUUUCUUGGUGCAUAAAGCAUAAGUGUGUGAAUUGGUGCAUUCAACACUUGUUUUCCUCACGUUGAUGAAAAGAGAAGAAUUUCCUUGCCAAUGUGUAUAGGAAAGGAAAUAACGGUAUCAUAAGCUCACCAAUUAGGAUUCUGUCUGCACUAAGAAGUCAAGAACCCUGAGGGACAGUUGUCACCUGUCUGAGAAGCACGAGUAACCCACCGACCAAAUAAGACUAAAUCAAACUUUUCUAUAAGAAAUGCUCAGAUGUGGGAAUGCCCUUUGAGAUGACGAGGCGAGCCAUUCCCAGAGUGGCAAGCAAGCUGGUUCUUCAGCUCUCUUACGCUUAAUGCGCAAGGCAAUGGUUGCUUCUUCAGCCUCAACGAUGGCUACACUCUACUGAUAGUGUCGGUUCCCUGUUCGGUUUUUUUUUUCUGGAUGGCUACACUCUACUGACACUGUUAUAUGUGCGUCGAUAGCCUUGUGGCUGUGCAAACAUGAUUUGUGCGUGCAUCUGCCGGGUUGCUAUUUGUCCUGCUCGUCUGUAGUGGUGAUGCAGACCUGUGAUGAGGUUGGUGGCCUUUCGGCCUGGAAGAAGAAAAGGAUGUCUCCAACGCUCUCCAAACUGCUCCUCUUUCUGCCUUUUCUCUAACUACUAGUUUGUCCCUUGGUUCUGUACCUUUUUGCUGUUCACAGCAAUCUGACAGCACAAUAAUUUUGUUUCCACUAGAAAAAAAGAAGUCCAAGGAUUUAGGGAUCCAUCUUUCUAUCAUUUGGUGCUUUCCGUCAGGCAAAUUGAGGGUCCAACCCUGCAAUUUGUGCAAUUGUUACAAGUUGUUGAACAACUAUAUAUUACAAGUACAGCAGGGUUUCAGAAUUUA